AUGGCAGGGCACAUUGCAACCAUUCGGUUCCAGCCUUCCAAGAACCCAUCGCUUCGCCUGCGAGGGACUCCGGAUGUUGUCACCGUAUCCGCUAUUUCGCCCAUCGGAGGUCUGGGUGCUCUCGCCCUUGACUCUGAAUUGGGACCAGAACUAAAGGGGGUAACAGACUUCACAAAUGGAUCGAACUCAACCUUGUGUUGA